UCUAGACUAACCAUUAUGGAUCCUCUACUGGAAGCAAAUGGUAACUUUGCCAUAAAGCUUUUUAAAGUACUGGGCGAAGACAUCUCAAAAUAUGUAUUUUUCUCACCCCCGAGCAUAUCGUCAGCUCUGUCUAUGAUCUUAAUGGGAGCAAAUGGAACCACUGCAAGCCAGAUAUGUCAGGCAAUGUCUUUGGAUAAAUGCAACAGCAUUGGUGGAGGAGAUGUCCAUCAGCAUUUCCUGUCACUUCUUACCAAAGUUAACAAGACUAACACAAGGUGGAUGCUCAGAAGAGCCAACAGUGUCUUCAUAGACUACAGUUUUGAAAUCCUAGCAUCUUUUAAAGAUUCCUGCCGUAAGUUCUAUGAAGCAGAGACGGAAGAGCUGGACUUCAAGGGCGCUCCAGAGCAGUCGCGACAGUGCAUCAACACCUGGGUAGCCAAAAAGACAGAAGGUAUAAUCAGAGAGUUACUGUCUCCGUGUACAGUAAAUUCAAACACUUGCCUGGUCCUUGUGAAUGUCAUCUACUUCAAAGGAAGCUUGGAGAAGCCAUUUAACAAAGCUGACACAAGGGAGAUGCCUUUCAAAGUCAGCACGAAUGAGAAGAAAACUGUGCAAAUGAUGUCUCAGAAAUCUACAUUUAAGAUGACUUAUGUGAAGGAUAUAUCAACCCAGGUUCUGACUCUUCCCUUUGAAAACAGUGGCCUCAUCAUGUACAUCUUGCUUUCAGACAGCCAUGAAGCUCAGAUAAAGUUGGAAAAUGAACUGACUUAUGAUAAAUUCUUGGAGUGGACAGACGAGGACAGGAUGGAAGAAAAAGAGAUGGAGAUUUUCCUCCCACGGAUCAAACUGGAGGAGAACUAUGACAUGAAUGGUGUCCUUCGCAAGCUGGGCGUGACUGAUGCCUUUGAGGAGGAUAAAGCAGAUUUUUCUGGAAUUUCUUCUAAGCAGGGCUUGUUUCUGUCCAAGGUUGUGCAUAAAUCCUUUGUGGAGAUGAGUGAGGAGGGCACAGAGGCUGCAGUGCCCACUGACACGGUAGCAAUGAAAUCACCACUGACCCCUAGAUGCUUGAUGGCAGACCGUCCCUUCCUUUUCUCCAUUCAAGAUACUAGAAGCAAAGAGAUUCUGUUCUUUGGCCGGUUUUCCUCUCCCUGAAGAAGGGAUGUUCCUGUCAGUCUUUUAAUGACUCUCCGUGUUUUACCUGUGAAUCAAGUGACCUUAUUCAUAAGUACAAUGGCAAUUAUGAAAUAAAUGCCUUUAUGGCACCUCACUUUCUGAA